CCCACGCCUUCGCGGGGGCCUUCCUUGCGCAUUGAUAUGAUUGGCCGGCGAGGAGUGGGUCUCUUUUCCUCUCCGGCUGCUUGAAGCUCGGCCGCCAUCAUGAACGACACAGUAACUAUCCGGACCAGGAAGUUCAUGACCAACCGACUACUUCAGCGCAAACAAAUGGUUAUUGAUGUCCUUCAUCCUGGGAAGGCAACAGUACCUAAGACAGAAAUUCGGGAAAAACUAGCCAAAAUGUACAAGACCACACCAGAUGUCAUAUUUGUAUUUGGAUUCAGAACCCAUUUUGGUGGUGGCAAGACAACUGGCUUUGGCAUGAUUUAUGAUUCCUUGGAUUAUGCAAAGAAAAAUGAACCCAAACAUAGACUUGCAAGACAUGGUCUGUAUGAGAAGAAAAAGACUUCAAGAAAACAGCGAAAAGAACGCAAGAACAGAAUGAAGAAAGUCAGGGGGACUGCGAAAGCCAAUGUUGGUGCUGGCAAAAAGAAGAAAUGAAGUGUCUAGCAGUGAGCUGGAAAUUGGACAACAGAAGGAGUAAAGAUGCUGCAGUGGCUUUAUCUUUGGUGAUUGUGCAGAUUUUUCAUGAGAGGAUUAAUAAACUAAGAAUGUUAAUGUGUC